CUAAUACUUCAUCUGUCAAAUUUGUGUUUGAUGUUUUGUAUUCGCUUUCUAUCUUCGAAUUUGACGAGUGCCACGUUGAACAGUAAAAGUUUUCGUUAAUUAAUUUUUUAAUUAUUAUUACACGUACACAAUAUGUCUAAAGGAACAGGGACAAAACUUAAUUUAAAGGAUAAAAUUAAUGAUGGUGAGAUAGAUCUUAGUUUAUGUGAAUUGCAAGAUGUUCCUGUUAAAGAAAUUGCAUCCAUAAGAAACAUCCACAGUUUAGAUUUAUCAACCAAUCAUUUAAUAAAAUUACCGAAUAAUUUUGUUACAUUGACACAUUUAACAAAACUCGAUUUAAGCAAGAACAAACUCAGGAUAUUACCAGAAGACUUUGGAAAUUUAACCAAAUUAAGACACUUAGACUUAUAUAAAAAUGAAAUAGAAUUUUUACCGUUAAGUUUUCACAAAUUGAAAGCACUACGUUGGUUAGAUUUAAAAGAUAACCCCUUACCGCCAUCGAUAAAGGCGAUAACAGGCCCUUGUCUAGACAAGGCUGAGUGUCAGCGUUGCGCUAUUGAGGUAGUCAAGUUUUUCAUUGAGUUCAAUGAUAGUUUAAACGUUGAACUAAAAAAACGCGAAGAACAAAGGCAACAGUCGAAAAUGGCUAAAGAACAAGCAGAACAAAAGUUGAAAAUUCAAGAGAAAAAGAAGAAAAAGAAAAUUGAAAAGAAAGCUAAAGAAAAUGUAGAAAUUCAAAGUGGAUUAAGUAAUUAUAAUAAAGUUAGUUCCAUUGGAAAUUUAAGGAAAAGCGGUAAUUCUAAAGUGGAAAAGAAAAAGCAAGGGAAAUCCUGUUGUCGACGAUUUUUAGGGGGCCUUUUCUGGAUGGUUUUUUUAAUGAUGAUCAUUUUCGUUGGAAGUACUUUUAAGCAUGAUGUAAUCGAGAAAUGUUUGGAGAAUUUGGAGAAUAAGUGGAAUUUUGUGGUGGAAAAUUUGCCAACUGAGGCACAAAAACCCGCCUUGGACUUUGGGAAACAAAUUUGUAAAUACCACCAAGAGACUGGAGAACUUGUUAGUAAGGUUGUAAAGAAUAUCAGCGAUAUGAUUGCUGAUAAAGAUUUAUUUUUUGAUUAUUUAGCGUAUUAUAAAAAUAAAUUGAGCGAAAAUGUUAAUUAUUUUUAUACGAAAUAUGCGUCGUGAAUUAAUUUAAUAUAA